CCAGCAUUUCUCUGCACACACAAUAUAUACAUAUAGACACUCUUGGUAGCUAGCUAGUGUGUGAAUUAAUUAAGAUGAAGAAGGGUGUUGCGGCGGCCUUGUUUGUGGUGGUUGUGAUGGCGGCGCUGGCGCAUGAGACGGUGGCCGUGACGUGCACCGCUACGGAGCUCAUAUCGUGCUUGGGGCCGAUAACCACGGGGGAGGCUCCGUCGGCAGAAUGCUGCGCUAAGCUCAAGGAGCAGCAGCCCUGCUUCUGCCAGUACAUCAAUAACCCUCAGUACAAGCCCUACUUCGACUCUCCCAACGCCAAGAAACUUGCUGACGCCUGCAAAGUCACCAUUCCCACCAAUUGCUGAUGGAAAUUACUAUAUAUAUAUAUAUAUAUAUAUAUAUAUAUGUUUUCUUAUGCAUGCUGUUCAUCAUCAAGGUUGAUCCUUGAUGUUAUGUCACCCUUCUUCAAAUAAAAUGGAGCUUUACCAUGCUUCUUCGAAUAAAAUAUAACUUUCCGUAA